UUUGCCCCCCAUCGGGGAGUCAGGCCCAUCGCAAAUGGCUUCGUUUCCCGAGUCCGACUUUCAGAUCUGCCCGCUGUGCAAGGAGAUGUGCGGCUCGCCGGCUCCCCUCUCGUCCAACUCCUCCACCUCCUCGUCCUCCUCGCAGACCUCCAGUUCCUCCGGGGGCGGCGGCGGCUCCUCCUGCGGGGGCCCGCCGCGGCGGCUCCACGUCCUGCCCUGCCUGCACGCCUUCUGCCGCCAGUGCCUGGAGGCGCAGCGGCACCCCGGCGCGGGGGACGCGCUCAAGCUGCGCUGCCCCAUCUGCGACCAGAAGGUGGUGAUCUCGGAGCCCUCGGGCAUGGACGCGCUGCCCUCCUCCAACUUCCUCCUCAGCAACCUGCUGGACGUCGUCGUCGUGGCGGCCGCCGCCGACGAGCAGAAGAACGGCCGCGCCGCCGGGGCCGGCCCCGCCGCGGGAUCGGGCGGGGGCGGCGGCGGCAACAACCGGCACCACGGCCGCCCGCCGCCGGGGCCGCCCCGCGCCGCCGGCUCCUCGCCCGCCGCCGCCGCCUCGGCCGCGCCCUCCUCGACGUCGUCGUCGUCCUCCUCCUCGGGCGGCGGCGGCUCGGCGGCGCUCCUGCUGCGGCGGCCUCACAGCCGGCAGGGCGAGCCCCGCUGCAGCUCCUGCGACGAGGGCAACGCCGCCAGCUCCCGCUGCCUCGACUGCCAGGAGCACCUGUGCGACAACUGCGUGCGGGCGCACCAGCGCGUCCGCCUCACCAAGGACCACUUCAUCGAGCGCUUCGCCGCCGGCCCCGCCGCCGCCGGCCCCGCCGCACCGCUCGCCCUCAGCCCGCCCUACCCCGCCUCGCCAUACAACAUCCUCUCUGUCUUCCCCGACCGGGCCAGCUACUGCCAGCACCACGACGACGAGGUACUGCAUUUCUACUGUGAUACCUGUUCUGUCCCCAUAUGUCGGGAAUGUACCAUGGGACGACAUGUGGGUCACAGCUUUAUCUACCUCCAAGACGCCCUACAGGACUCCAGGACUCUCACCAUUCAGCUCCUGGCAGAUGCUCAGCAAGGACGACAGGCUAUUCAACUGAGUAUUGAGCAGGCCCAGGCUGUGGCAGAGCAGGUCGAGAUGAAAGCGAAGGUGGUGCAGUCUGAAGUCAAAGUAGUGACCACUAGACACAAGAAGGCCUUGGAAGAGCGGGAGUGUGAGCUGCUCUGGAAGGUGGAAAAGAUUCGCCAGGUCAAGGCCAAGUCCCUCUACUUGCAAGUUGAAAAGUUACGCCAGAACCUGAACAAGCUGGAUAACACCAUCAGUGCUGUUCAGCAGGUCCUGGAGGAGGGUCGUACCAUGGAUAUUCUUCUGGCUCGGGACCGCAUGCUGGCUCAGGUGCAGGAGCUGAAGAACGUCAGAGGCCUUCUCCAGCCGCAGGAAGACGACAGGAUCAUGUUCACCCCCCCUGACCAGGCGCUGUAUAUGGCCAUCAAAUCAAUGGGCUUUGUCAGCAGUGGGGCUUUUGCCCCCCUGACCAAAGCCACGGGGGAAGGUCUCAAGCGUGCUCUGCAGGGCAAGGUGGCCUCGUUCACCGUGAUCGGCUACGACCACGACGGGGAGCCUCGCCUUUCGGGGGGCGACAUGAUCUCUGCAGUGGUCAUGGGCCCGGAUGGAAACCUUUUUGGGGCAGACGUCAGCGAUCAGCAGAACGGGACCUACCUGGUCAGCUACCGUCCCCAGCUGGAGGGAGAGCACCUGGUGUCGGUGAUGAUGUGCAACCAACACAUUGAGAACAGCCCCUUCAAGGUGAUGGUGAAGUCCGGGCGCAGCUACAUCGGCAUCGGGCUGCCGGGGCUGUCCUUCGGCAGCGAGGGAGACAGCGACGGCAAGCUCUGCCGCCCCUGGGGGGUCAGCGUCGACAAGGAAGGCUUCAUCAUCGUGGCCGACCGCAGCAACAACCGCAUCCAGGUGUUCAAGCCAUGCGGGACCUUCCAUCACAAGUUUGGCACGCUGGGCUCCCGGCCGGGCCAGUUCGAUCGCCCCGCCGGCGUGGCCUGCGACGUUUCGCGCAGGAUCGUCGUGGCCGACAAGGACAAUCAUCGCAUCCAGAUCUUCACGUUCGAGGGGCAGUUCAUUCUGAAGUUCGGGGAGAAAGGAACGAAGAACGGGCAGUUCAAUUACCCGUGGGACGUGGCCGUCAACGCGGAGGGCAAGAUCCUGGUCUCCGACACGAGGAACCAUCGCGUUCAGCUGUUCGGGCCCGACGGCGUGUUCCUUAACAAGUACGGCUUCGAAGGGGUACUCUGGAAGCACUUUGAUUCCCCCAGAGGUGUGACGUUCAAUCACGAGGGCCACUUGGUAGUGACGGACUUCAACAACCAUCGCCUCUUGGUCAUCCAUCCGGACUGCCAGUCGGCGCGCUUCCUGGGCUCCGAGGGCACCGGCAAUGGGCAGUUCCUGCGCCCGCAGGGGGUGGCGGUGGAUCAGGAAGGGCGCAUCAUCGUGGCCGACUCCAGGAACCACCGGGUGCAGAUAUUCGAGUCCAAUGGUAGCUUUUUAUGCAAGUUCGGCACUCAGGGAAGCGGCUUUGGUCAGAUGGACCGUCCUUCAGGUAUAGCUGUCACCCCUGAUGGCAUGAUUGUCGUGGUCGACUUUGGAAACAAUCGAAUUCUCGUCUUCUAAUCUGUGUUUGAAUGAGGAAGAAACUGUCUCAGGGAAAUUCUUCUAAGAGAAAAUGAAAAAAUACAACGUUAAUUCAAACCUACCUCAUCUUUAAUUUUUUUACAGAUGAAUGUACUUACCUUUUCUGCAGGGAGUGAGCCUGUAAAAUUGAAUUCUAUCUACCUCAUUGUCCUCCCUUCCCUCCCCGAUUUCUCGCCCCCUCCCCGUCCCCACAUACUCAUAGUUCAGAACAUUUUACCUCUUUCCCCCCGAUGGGGUUUCAUGCACAAACAAGAAUUGCUGUGCACAUUAGGUGGUUUGUGUGGUGAGUUCUGUUAGACUGAGCCAAGAAAGGCGCUAUGUAACUUUUUAAAUGGAGAAAAUGGUAGUAGGUGUUUGUAGAAAAAUUUGUGUUCUUGACCAUUCUGCAGUUCUGUGGGUGGGGACAUGGGAGGGAGGGACGUUUGUUGUUGUUGUUGGUUUUGUUGGGUUUUUUUUUUUUUCAUUGCUGCUGCAGCAGAGAACUUUUUCCUGUUCUCCUUUUUAUACCUCAGUGUGUUUGAUUUACUGGUGAGCACAGCAUCUUGUUCCCAGACGACUUUGAACAUUUUAUGAAAGUGAGUGAGAUUCACUCGCCAGGAAGAGCAAGUUUGCAUCUUUUUUGGCAUUUCUGUGUAUUUUUUUACUGAAACACAGUAAUUUAACAGCACAAAGUGAAGCUGAUGAAAAUGCACAAAAAUUCUUUAAGUUUAAACCAAAUUGUUCAUUUUAGUGGCUUAGUGUGGUCAUUGUAAAGUCUAGAUAAAAAGCAAGGCUUCCUUUAGUGUAUCCUGUCAUUGAGAAUUUCAUUUUUACCUCUUUUCACCUGAAAGCUAAAUUUGUUUGAAAAGAGUUACUGUUUCUUUUCAUUAAUGCCCCUAAUCUAGGUAACAGAAGAGGUUAGGAGGAGCAUUGAAACAGGGAAAAUCAAACCCUUUUGAUUUACUUUCUUGUGAAAUGACUUAGCAUUUUUUGCCCCUUCCCAUAGAGAAACCUUAAGGGAAUAACGUUUGAAUUUGUUAGAAGUGGUACCUUUUUCCAAAAGUAAGAAAUAAGCACAGCUUUGGAGAUUCAGGGUUUGAUUUGGAGAAGUCAGCAGUUGUUUUGCUUUGUUUUGGGGUUUUUUACUCAGAGAGGAUUGCAAUAACUCUAUCACAGAUUAAUUUUUUUUUUUUCCGUCUUCUGGCUUCCCCAGAGAGCUGUACUGAAGAUU